AUGUCCCGCUCGUACGUGACGCCAUCGCAGCAUCGGCACCUGCGCGCGUGCAUGGUGUGCAGCUUCGUGCAGCCGGCCAACAAGUUCCGGCAACUGGGCUGCCCCAACUGCGAGUUCCUGGAGAUGCAGGGCGCCGACGAGGCGCACAUUGCCGACUGCACGUCGGCUGUCUUCGAGGGCCUGAUCGCUCUCGCUGACCCUAGCCAGAGCUGGGUCGCCAAGUGGCAACGCCUCGACGGCUACGUGCCCGGAAUGUACGCCACCAAGGUCUCCGGCAUUCUUGGUGAGGAGCAGUUAGCUGCAUGUGAGGCUGCGGGCGUGAAGUACAUUCCGCGCGACGGAAGCGAGCAGGAGGACUUCGGCGAUGCAUGA